GGGAACCACACCGUCCAGGACUCCUCAAAGCCCUCCAUUUCUCUCCUCUCCUUCUCUCCUCCACUUUCCUACUUCACACAGGACUCCCUUACACUCUCUCCUCUCCUUCACACAUUUCCUUCUCUCAGUUCCUUCACUCCUUCCUUUCCCUUCACACAAAAAGACUCCCAAGGAACCUUCCUCGCUGAGGAUUCCACCACUGCCAAGGGGACUGCGCUGUGCUCCCGUCUGAAGGACACUUAGGAUAUCUCAAGGACUCCAUCACUGUGUCCUGAAGGAGUUAGUGAAUUCUCCUGUUAUUUGAAGAACUAUUGAUACUCUGAAGGACUUCCCUGGUAUUCCCUCCCGUAGAAACCCAAGGGUAUUUAAAGGAUUCCUAGGUAUUCCCUCCCGAAGGACUUCCUGAUUAGUCCUGCUGUCUGAAGAGCUUCUGUAGGAUACUACCUGUUGAUUCUCUGUGAAGGACUCCCACAGUCUUCCCUCCUGAAGGACUCCUAGGUUAAUUUCUGUAAAUGAUUUCCGUCUAACCGAAUCCUGAAGGACUUUGUGGAGAUUCCUGUUGUCUGAAGCGUUGUGGGACUCUUCCUGUUGAUACUCUGAAGGACUCCUGGGUCUUCCCUCCUGAAGGACUCCCCAAGUCUUCCCUCCUGAAGGACUCCACGAGCUGCGCGUUAAGGACUUCCCUCCAAGAGAAACUAUCAUCGAAGGACGAAUCCCUCCAUAGACGUAACCCGGUGAAAGGACUCCCUCCCUAGGACUCCCUCCAUCCAUAGGACAUCCUUCGAAGGACUCCUGUUCCCUCCACUCCUACGACUCCUCUCGAAGGACUCCUCUGUUGUGAAGAUUCCCUCCAUAGGACUCCCUCCGUGCAUCCCUUCCCUAUCGAAGGACUCUCCCUCCCCUUGUAGGACCCCUAAGGACUUUCACAGUAGGACUCCCUCAGCAGGACGCCCUCAGGAUGUUGCUCUGUAUGGUCUUCCCCUCCAGACUCCCAAGCUUCGUCCACAUCUGUUUCCUGCAGGAGGGUAUGCUGGAGGGCGUGUCCCGGCGUCCCUUCGGGUGUUCCUCUGGCAGCUACAAUGUCCGCGCUUCUGAGCUGGCCCGUCACCGCGCCCUCAGGACCCUCCGUGUGCAGGUCAUCCUCCUCGACGACUCCACCCAGGUCUUCGAGAUAGAGAAGCAAGCCAAGGGUCAGGCGUUGCUGGAUCUAGUGUUCAAUCACCUGGAGUUAAUAGAGAGGGACUUCUUCGGCCUUCAGUACAUCGAGGGGUGCUCCAACAGUGACAGUCCCAGGCAGAGAUGGCUGGACCCUCGAAAGACAGUCAAGAAGCAACUCAGGAUACGAACCAAGACUCUAGGAACAUGUGGGCUUCCGGUGCUCUACUUCCGAGUCAAGUUUUGGGUGAGUGAUCCCGGCAAGCUGGCAGAGGAGUACACCCGUUACCAUGUGUUCCUGCAGCUGCGACGCGAUGUCAUGGAGGGCCGACUGCUGGCUCAACCCUCCACUGCCGCCCUCCUUGCCUCCUACGCCCUCCAGUCUGAACUUGGUGACUACAGCACCGAGGAACACGGCAAGACUUACCUGGCCGGCAUGCGUCUCGUGCCGGGCCAGAAUGACGAGCUGGAGAAAAAGAUUAUAGAGUUACACAAGCUGCAUAAAGGACAGACUCCUGCUGAUGCCGAAUUCAACUUCCUGGACCAUGCCAAGAGGCUCGACAUGUACGGCGUUGAUCUGCACAAGGCAAAGGACUCCACCAACCGCGAGAUACACUUGGGUGUCACCUCGAUCGGUCUGGUCGUGCUCCAGAAUGGGAUCAAGAUGAACACCUUCAGCUGGGCCAAGAUUGUCAAGAUCUCAUUCAAGAGGAAGCAGUUCUUCAUUCAGCUUCGGAGAGAAGUGACAGACCAGACCGAGAGUAAGCCCGACCCAAGCUCUUUCCUACAAAUUGUCAAGAAAAAGCUCUAUAAGAAGUCUGAGAACUAUGACAGUGUGCUUGGGUUCAACUUGGGCUCCUACCGUGCCUGCAAGUGUCUGUGGAAGUCCUGUGUCGAGCACCACACCUUCUUUCGCCUCCACACUCCACGCACACCAGCCAGAAAGAGCUUGUUGACGCUGGGCAGCAAAUUCCGCUACAGUGGACGGACGGAGUUCCAGGCGGUGGAGGACUGCAAGCGGAAGGCGAGGGUGGAGCGGACUUUUGUGAGGUCGCCCUCAAAGCGUCUGAGCCGUCAAACAGUGCCCACACCGAGUGACCUGGGACGCAAGGCUCGGUCUGGCUCAGGGUCAUCGCUGCGGCCUCGGACAGACUCUUCGGGGUACAAGGUGACCUCCCUGCAGGGCACCAAGACCCCGAAGAUGGCCUGGGGUGAUAGCGAGUUAGCACAAGACGAGGCGGUGUUGGCUGAUGAUGGCGCUGAUAGGGUGGCAGUGGGCGUGUCUGACGAAGGGGUGGGCGUGGUGCGGCCCCUCGCCCCUCCCCCUAUCCCUCCCUCCUCAGCCUCCUCCUCCUCCUCCGCCUCCUCCGCAGAAAGUGACGUGGGCGCCUCUCCAUCCCCCGAUCACCAGCCUGGAGGGAGCGAGGAGAGCGCCCACGGCCUCGUCACCAUCAAGAUGAAGCCAGACGAAGGAGGCAAGUUUGGCUUCAACGUUAAGGGCGGCGCUGACCAGAACCUUCCCGUGCUGGUCUCCCGCGUGGCGCCCAACACUCCCGCUGACCGAUGCUAUCCAAGACUCAACGAAGGGGACCAGGUUCUUCUGAUCAACGGACGGGACGUGUCAGCGAUGACCCACGAGCAGGUGGUGAACUUUAUCAGGGCGUCCAGGGAAUGCCACUCCGGAGAGCUGGUCCUCACCGUCAAGCAGAACGUGUAUGUUCCUGAUGAUCUGGAGGAGCCGCCCUUCCAGUACAUCCCUGAGGUGCUGUCCGCCAGUGCCACCAUCAAGGGAGGAGUGCCGCCCCUGCAGGAGUCGCUGAUGCUGCUGGCAGAGGGGCUGGAGGCCGGCUCUCUUGUGGCACAGUUUGAACAGCUGUACCGCCGCAAGCCUGGCCUCACCGUCACAGAGGCGCGGCGGCAGGACAACGAGAAGAAGAACAGAUACAGGGAUAUUUCUCCUUAUGACACAACUCGCGUCAUCCUCACCAGCACUGCCUCAGGUGACUACAUCAAUGCCUCCUACGUCAACAUGGAGGUGCAGGGCUCAGGCAUCAUCAACCGGUACAUCGCCAGUCAGGGGCCGCUGGCAGGCACCUGUACUGACUUCUGGCAUAUGGUGUGGGAGCAACAGUCAACCCUCAUUGUGAUGCUGACAACUGUGGUGGAGCAGGGCAGAGUCAAGUGCCACCGGUACUGGCCACGGCUUUACGAGACGGUUGACUUUGGCAUUCUCCAAGUGACCUGCAACAAGGAGGAAGAGACUCCUGGGUUUGCCUUCAGGGAGUUCACCCUUAUUAACACCGAGACCCAGGAGGAACGCCACAUCACACACAUGCAGUACCUGGCCUGGCCGGACCACGGGGUGCCUGACGACUCCACAGAGUUCCUCAAUUUUGUCACUCAAGUCAGAAAGGCGAGAGUCGGCAUGGUGGAGCCCACGAUAGUUCACUGCUCGGCCGGCAUUGGGCGGACGGGUGUUCUCAUCCUGAUGGAGACGGCACAGUGUCUGAUUGAGGCUAAUGAACCGAUCUACCCCCUGGACAUUGUGAAGGCCAUGAGGGACCAGCGAGCCAUGAUGAUCCAGACAGCUAGUCAGUUCAGGUUCGUGUGUGAAGCAAUCCACCGGGUGUACACAGAGGAGCUGGUGAAGCCGCUGGCCGAGUACCAGCAGAGAUGAGGGACGGACAGCUGCUCUCUGCACUCGGAGACAGACUCGCAGUGAUCAAGUGUAAAUAUUCUGUGAAGGAAUGCUGUAACUUAACGCUGAGGUUGAGUCACUCCACUGAGACAUCUAUGAGAGAUCUUGUGGACUGACCAGGCUAGAGGAAGAGCCAGUCCUGUGUACAUAAAAGACUCCACAACCUAGACCGAGGGUUGGCAGUGUUCGCAGAAAGAAGACAGCGGGUUAGAGGAGAGACAGAAGCUGUUUUGCACUCGUGAACUUGACAGUCUUUUUAUCUCCGUAUGACUACUGCUUUUAUACUGAUAUUGGGCAUAUGCAGAGUGUCUGGACCAGCUGUUGUUAGAUGUAACUUGCUCAAGACCAAUUCUUCCUCCUCCUCCAUGCAGAGUGAGUCAGGAGAGGAGAGAGAGAGAGAGAGAGAGAGAGAGAGAGAGAGAGAGAGAGAGAGGAGACAAAGAAAAGCACUGCAGACUGCACAUCCUUUGGGAGUGAGUUAAGAUUGUGCUCCAGUCUUUGCACAGUGUCAUGAAUGGUUAUGGCCUCCUCACCCAGAGAAGCCCCAUAGCCCCUGUCAAAGUGUUGGUGUACCAGUUGUCACUGAGUCACGCAUCAGUGUCUGGUCCUCUGCUGCACCUCAUCUCCCUUGUCCCUCUUCACCACACUGACCUGACCACUAAAAAUGAAAGGAAAAAAAUGGUAACAAUGAUAAAAGAAAAAAAUAACACUCAGAGCACCUAACAAGUUUUGAUUUGUUGAGCAUACUGUUAAACAAGACAUGAAUGUGAUGACACUACCACACUACUAGAGCGUGCACACUGCCAGGCUUGCUGCUCACAAGGCUCCUUGUGGCGGCACUUACCACUCACACAUACAUGUCACAUCACCUAUUUAUAUGCAAGUAUCAUGUAGCACGAUGGUAUACACACACACACACACACACACACACACACACACACACACACACACACACACACACACACACACACACACACACACACACACACACACACAAAAUUACUUGAACACCCACCACCACCACCACCACCACCACCACCAGUACAGUGCCUGCCUCAAUGAGAGUGGUAGUACCUGGUGCCAGUAACUGUGCCACACUUAUGUACAAGAGUCAGUCAGUCAGUCAGUCUGUUGAUGCCUGUUCCCACUCUCUCCUGCACCCUGCCCUCCCCACGCCCCACAUGUGCCUUCCUCUUGUUGCGAGAGCCCAACAGAAGCAAGUGACAAUCUCACAAGGUGAUGCACACAGUCACCAGGACGCCAGAGGACAUUCCCAUGCUGCACACAACAUCUGGACACUGUCGGCCAUGCAGUGCUGCAGUGAAGCUAUCUUCCACAUGGCAAGGAGACAGAAGUGUCCAGUCUAGUGAAUGUCUGGGCUGGAGUCAGAGCUGCUAAAAAAGUCAAGAGAGACUGGAAGGCCGAGGGUCAGUGCCGGUCCGGUGAAGACUUAGUGUCCCACACGCCGAGAAUGUCCCACCAGGGUGUGAAGGGUCCGAGUGGGAACUGUGACCCUUUCAGAAGGCUAAAUAACUUGGGUGCUGUGUGCCCCCCAUACCUCUCAGGGUAUCAUAAACACACUUAUUUAGACAUCACAAUACUGCCUUUGGUCUUUAUAUAUACAUAUAUAUAUACUAUAUAUAAUAUAAUAUUAUACAAUACAUGAUUAUAAAACGUGCAUUUCUUUCAGUAUCGUGAAAACUCUUGAUAUUUUUACAGCCGUGCAAAGCAUUCGGUAAGAUGUCAUGAAUUGUUUUGUAACGAUGCUCAGCAGUGUAUCUGCGUCACUUUCAUAUUGGAAGACACCAGAUAUUUCCUCCCUCGGGUAGACACGUGUUACUUUAACUCGGCCGCCCCGCAGCGACUCCUGUGUGAGCCACCGCCCCGCGGAGGUGGCUGCGCUCCACAUCACUCUGGUGGAUCAACUGAAUCUCACUUGUAGCAAAUUUUCUAAGAUGGAAGAGUGUAGGUGUAGGACAUAUGAGUAUCCUGCUCCCAAGAGAGAGAGAGAGAGAGAGAGAGAGAGAAUGUUUGUAUGUAUGUCAGUCUGCCAAAGAAAUGUUGGGGUCUGACCAGUGUUAGCAUUUUUUAUUUAUACUAAUUUUAAAGAUGAAAUGCAAUCUAUGAAUAACUGUAACAAUGAUUACCUAAUAAGUUAUUAUCAUUAUUAUUGUUUUAGAUAAAAAGAUUACACUGUAUUGCUUGUGUUUGCUAAAUUUUUACUUUUCUCUGAUUUUCUCAGAUUUCAAACAUGUUUCCCUUUCUGGAUCAGAUCUCAACACAACACUGUGAUUUACAAUGUGCAUGAAGACUCCUUUGAUGAUUGGGUGAAUGUAUUUAGGGACAGAAGAUGCAGAAUUACCAUGUAAACUGAAGAUACCAAGUCACUCUUUGCAUGUUUAGAUCAGAAGUAGGUGUAACUAUUUUCAUGUAUACAACACUUGUUUUGGGGACAGGACAGGAGGGACCUCUUGAUAUCAUGCACUUGAAUUGAUGGAUGAUGUAUAAGAGUAAGACAGAGGCUGUGCAUUUCAGUAUAUAUCCAUCACUCUCAGUUGAAGAAAUUAAAUAAUGUGAGGGCCUUCUAAGCUGCAUAUUGCCUGUUAUAAGUUUAAUCUGGAGAGCUGAUGUAGUCUGGUCACAAGUAUGUACCACACUAUUGCCAUCCAUGUGUUUGCCUGGCCACCACUGCACCACCAAGUACACACACUAACACACAGCUGCCUGCCUGUCACAUGAGCUCUGGGAUGUAACUCAGUCCUGCUCCAAUCAUAGGAGGACAGCUGCAGUGUGUGUGUGUGUGUGUGUGUGUGUGUUGGGUGAGUGCCUGGGUUGUGGGUGGCUGGUGUGGUAUGUGUAGGAAAUGAGUUAUGUGUAAGUUAUGAUUCCCUCUGUUUGUCAUAUCUUUAAGCCUUGAUGAUGCAUACAAAUGUGACAGGGAAUGUGUGUUUUAUUUGACAAAUGAGCAAUAAAGAAAACUGGUUUGUA